AGGAGGAGCCGCACGGGGAGCGCUCGUGCCGGCCGGGCUGGAGGAGCCGCGCCGGCGGCCCGCGCCGAGCCGACUCCUGCUGCGCUCAGCGAGCCAGGGCUGCGGCCACCCGCGCUCCGGCCAGCGGCUCGUCGGGGCCCGCGGACGCCGCCGGCGUGGGGGAGAUGUCCGGCGGCCGCAGGAGGGGCAGCGCCCCCUGGCACAGCUUCUCUCGGUUCUUCGCUCCGCGGAACCCUUCCCGGGACAAGGAAGAGGAAGAGGAGGAGAAGCCGGGGACCGGCCAGCCGGCGGGAGCGAGCCGGAGUGCAGCCAGUGUUGAAAAUGAGUCCAUGAGCGCAAGUCAGAAAAAGGAAAAUGCGCUUUCAUCAGAAGCAGUAAAGAUUGCCCAAGGGGAGGACAGAAGGAACCAGGAUGAGAAGCCAGCCAUUCUUCCCGCAGUGGAUGAUCUCCCAAAGCCAAAGGACCUUCCAGAUUCCACGUCAGAUGCCAAAACAGGAGAAAGCGAUCGGCAGCCCAAAGAAAGCUUUUUUCAGUUUCUUGGGAACUUAUUCAAUAUCUCAGGAAAGUCAUCUCUUGGAGAGGUUAAGCAAUCUUCUUUCAAAGAUGACCAGGAUAAACCGGAGAAAGACCCACAGACUCCCAGCAUUCCUCCUGAGGAGGGGAGCCAAAGGGAGGAGGAGAUUGCCAGCUGCCUCAGGAGGACUCAGGCACUUCCUGUGGACCAACCAGAGUCCAACUCCUCGGAACUCUCCGAUACCUUUUCUUUGGAUACAACACAAGAUAGUGAACAGGAAACCACUGAUAUGCUGAAAAAUGAUGUGGAUGGUAAGCCAGAGAAACCUUCAGUGACAUAUGCAACAUACAGAGGUCCCACACAGAUCAGGAAGUAUUUGAAGCAACAGCCUGUGUUGGAAACUGUGAAUCACUUAGAUGGAGAAGAUGGAAGCUCUGACUCAAGUUCGCAGGCACACAUUGGCUCUAGAAGCAUAGCGGACACUGUGAUGGUCCCGUUGUCCACAGCCAGCAAAGACGUCACCACAAAAGGAUAUUUACAUGGAGGUCCAUUAGAAGUCUCUGGUUAUAGCCAAAUAAAUACCAACCUAGAAAGCAACCAGGAAAGCAUCCCAGGACUGCAGAACAUUGCUUCAUCUAAGUAUGUUUUAGAUAAAAAUAGCCAUGGAGGACCCAGGAGCAGUCAGACCUCCCCUUCUUCUGCGUCUAACCUCAGCUAUGCUGUUGGGGACCCUAACUCACAGAAAGAGAGUGGUUUAGUAGGUUCAUCCGUGUUUAGAGGAAGCAAAAGUAGCCAGGGCCCUUGUCCAGAAUUUCAAGGAAGAACUGCGACUGAAAAUCCACUGAGAGUAAACAGCUCUGCCGUGAGUGACGGGCUGCCGUCAGUGCCAGGAGAGGAGUAUACUCAGCCUCAGAGGCCUGCUGUUCCUGAUUUCUCUUGUAGUAAAUCUGAUGGGAGUGACGCUACCAAAAUGGAAAGUACAAAUUUGCCGAGUUCACAUAAAUCAAUUAGGCAUAAAGAUGUACGGUUGCCAGAGAGUAAGUGUUGUGACAAGCCAGCUGUAGAUAACCCAUCAAGGCAGAACGUCAAUCUCACUGGCAUGAAGGCUUCCCAGGGACGUGCUGUGACAGACUCAGAACUUGCAAAUGAAGGAAAGAUAGUACCUGCCCGAGACUCACAGAAAAAUGUGGUUUCAGAAAUCUUGAAAGCAACAGAAUGUGCCUCAGGGAGUGAGCCCACAACUUUAAGUUGCAGAAGAACUCCUGAAGUCAGAAUUGAGUCCUUACCCCAAGAAACUGAGCCAUCAUGUGAGACAGAAACCAAAAAGCUCCUUUUGGAACUAAAUGUCAAAACUCUUUCAGAAAUGGGGAAAACUCAAGAGGAUCCUGGGUCUGUGAAGUGUGUCAAUGACUCAGCAGUUGUAGCAGGCACGGAAAGCGAAAAAGCACAUGAACUAAAAUCUGAACUGAACAGAAAUCCUAUUUCUGAAUCUCCUAUUCUCUUAGAGAAUCCUCAGCAAGGUGGUGUUUUCUCUGAUGCUGAGACACCUCUUAACCUUGACUGUAAAACUUCUGAUUACAGUGCCUCACCUCCUACCUUUGUUUCUAGAAUCAACAGGCUUGGCAAGUUGGGUUUCUCUGGUUUAAAGAGUGAGAGAUCUACGUCCAGUAAGACUGGACAGGCUGAUGAUUUUUCUUAUCCUAAUGAGUGUCAAGAUGAAGAUGUGGGAGCUCGUUCUGGGGCUGCGGGCAGGGAGAAGCCUGCCCUUUGCCUUGGACAUUCAUCUUCAAGCCUUGAAUCCAAGGAAAUUCUUCCUGAUGGCGAAAAAUGCCAAUUCCCUUCAGGUCCUGAAACUGCUGGGAUAGAUCUGAUAAAGUUUGAGCGUGGAGACAUCGCUAAGGAUCUCAAUUCUGUUCCAUCUCAUGGUCCUAAGAAAGCAGAGUUAAUAUCCUCAGAUGCUAAGGCUAGUAAGAGCACUGUAGAGGAGAUGGAUUCUUUUCCCUUGGAAACCCAAACUGCUAAAAUAUUAGGAAAAGUAGAGGCUUGUGAUCAGAGCAGCUUCCCUGUUGAGUCCAGUUCUGGAAGACAAAAAGCCUUGUCUAUGCUCUCUCUUUCUCAUGAAGAACCCAGAGAUGUUUCUCAGUGUGACAUUUCCUCUUCUCAAGUAACAGUUGCGGAAAAGCUAGUAGAGACUGUCUUCUCCGAGUUAAAUUAUCUAGGUAUGGAAAAGGAUGAAGAUGUUCAACCAGUGCAUCUCAGAGAGAUUAAAGAGUUGUGUUUCAGUAGUGGCUUUAAAGAAAAUCACCAGACUGGGAUUUCUCCUGCCUCCAACCAUCACAGCAUACAAGAAACAGAGAUAAACACCCUAGAUAACUCUGCUUCUGUUCUCAAAAGUAAUCUGCCUGGGAUUAUACCUCUUGCUCCAGAGGAGGAAUCCACACGGCACGUGACACAGAAUUGUAAAGCCAGCACUUGCCUAAUCAGUGCCUCUUUGGCUCCUUGUAUGACUAAAAAGAGUUCUAGCAUCUCUGAAAUGGAAGAACUGAGCUUAGACAAUAUUUCUCCAAAAUUCCAAGAAACUGACGACACACACGUAUAUACACCUUUUCUGGGUUCUGAUGCCCAUUUGGAGAAAAAUGGGUUUGCACCUGAGGGCUCCAGCUCACUGAAUGUGCCUUCUCUACCGGGGUUAGCAAAGGAAGCCUCAUCACAUAGAGACGACUCUCAUCUCCAGAGUGCUGGUACUAGUACCACAUCCCCUUCCUUUUGUCACACUAAGGGAGAGAGCACAGCUGUAAAUUCUCAUGAUCUCCCAAGUAAUUUUGAGUCUUUAGAAGUUACUGUAAAUCUCACAUGUCAAGGUGCUUCUGUUACUACUGAUCCACUGGGUCAUAAUAACUUUUAUUUGGCAUUAGACACACCUAGUCCAAAAGGGGAAGAGGUGACCUCACUUCAGGCGUGUUUGGACACUCAUGCUAGGAAGGCAUCUUUUGAUUCCCCAGCCACUGCCUACCUUGACAAUCUCAUGAAAACGGAGGCAGGAACAGUUGCUGGGACACCAGUGUCAGUUAACCGAUCAUGCCGGCAGUGUUCUGAGGCACCUGCUGACCAGACAGAAGCAAGGAGAAGAGCACAUGACCCACUUUUACUCAGAAGUGGUUUACUCGAAAAAGCUGAUACAUUGACUGAGGAGAUUUUAAGUUCUGUCAGAGAAGAACUAAAAUCCAAACGCACGGUUGGUACCUGCCAGGAGCAUCUAGCCCAAGAUGAUCUAAUGAACCCACGCACUGUGAAAGAAGCUAUCCCAUCAGAAGUGGUGUUAGCAGGGCUCCAACUGAAAGAGAGUUUGGACGAGAAAGGUGUGGACAAUAUGUCAGAAGUCAAAGAGGAAGAUGAGAGCCGUGAUUCAUCUGCGGUUGGUGAGACAGGUCUUCUUUUUGAUCUUGAUAGAGUGAAUAGCUCUUAUACGUUAGAAGAACAGACCAGGGAGUUAGUCAAUGAGGUUAUUUAUGCAGCCCAACAAAAUUUGAUAAAUGAUGCUUUUGAUGAGAUUGAAAAUACCUGGGUUUCUGAAUCUCAGGCUAACACUUCAAAAACCUGGAACAGUAGUGGUGGUGUUAAUCCACAUGCGAUAGUUAGGGAGUUCUUGGUAUCAGAGCAGGCAGUAAAUCAAAGCACGUGUGAAAUUAGUGAAAAUGAAGUAUUAAAUAAAUUCUCCUCCGUGAGUCACUUAGUUAGUGGCACUGAGUCAAUCAGAGGAAGAGAAAUUGUUCCCUAUCAAGAGUCCCCAUGUUUUGGAAGUGGAGCUGGGCAGUCUGAUAGCAUAAAUUUGCAGAAAUUAGAGACUGUUUUCCAAGCUGAAGACAUGCCCCAUACAAGGUUAGAGGAUAACGUGAAGCCGCACUUCUUUGUCAGUGAGGACUGUAAAAAGGCAGCAGAAACAGAGUGUGUGGAUAAUCACAAAAUGGCAACGGAAGAUACUAGAACUCUUGUAUUAAAUUUCAACUUGCCUCUUGCAAAUGAUGACAUCCAUGUGCCUAGCACCUCCAAAAACAGUUUUUCUGAUAGCCUUGUGUGCAUAUCUGAAAAAAGUUUUCCAGGACAUAAUAAAACCACACCCCUUGCCAUGUCAGAUUUAGGGAAAGCACACAAAAACAAUAGUGAAGUAAAUGUAGGGAAAAUGGCACUGAUACCUUCCAUGUUGGAAAUAGGAAAGACAAACAAAAGGGAUGCCGAAUUGAAUAUUAUGAAACAUGAAGCAGCCCCUCUUAUGCCGCAUAGAGAAAAAGCGUGUAAAAUGGACGCCGAAUUGAGCCUUGGGAAAGCAGAGCCGGAGCUUAACAUGUUCACAAGAGGAGGCAUAUACCAAAUGGAUGCUCAGAGGUAUGUUGAAAAACCCGAGGAGUUACCCAUCACUUUGGGAAUGGAAAAAGCUUAUAAGAUGGAUAGCGAGGGGGACAUUGGCAAAGCUGAGGUGAUGCCUGUUAUGUCAGAACUGAAAACUGUCCAUCUAAAAGAUGCUGAGGGAGAUAUUGUAAAGACUGAGGUGGCACCGAUUUCAAUUGAGAUGGAAAGCUUUUACCAGAAACACGCCGAAGGGGAUGUUGGCAAGACGGGAGUUGGGUCUGUGAUGUCAGAAGUGGAAAUUUUCUACCAAAAGGAUGCUAUGGGAAUUGCUUCGAAGGCUGAAGUGACAGGUGUUACAUUAGGAAUGGAAGACACUCACCAAAAGGAUGAAGAAAGUAAUGUUGCGAAGACUGAUGUGGUAGGCAUGGUACCUGUUGAACUGGAAAUGGAAGAUAUUUAUCAUAAGAGCUCUGAAGGAAGUACUGACAGCACUGAGGGGAUGCCUGUAAGGCUAGAAGUGGUAAAUACAUACCAAAAAUACAGUGACAGAGUUGCUGGAACGAUGGAGAGACCUGUGUCUCCCCUAAGGGAUGCUGAAGCUGUCCUAGGAAAUCCCGAGACAGUCCCAUUUGUGUUAGAUGUGAAAGAAACCUACCAGGAAACAGUACAUCCUCCCUUCGACAUCUUGGAAAAAAGAGUCCAAGGAGACACUGAAGAGUCAAAUGGGACAACUGAGCCUGUGCCUUCUAAGAUAGAAAUGGAAGUAAUGGCCCCAGAAGAUUCCAGUGGCAGCAUCGAGAACUGUGAAGAGCUACCUACAGAUGUCGCCCUUGAGAGCACCAAUGGAGCAGCGCCAGAGGUGACCAUUACAGCAAUGGAGGGCAAGGGUCCUGUCUUUGAAAGUGAAGAGUGUCCCCAGGAGUACAUGAAGAGUGUUGGGGAAAUAGAAGAGCUGCCCAGUAAAGAAGGCUUGAUCCCGCACGACGACAGACUUGCUUCACAUUUCAGGGGCUAUGAAUCACCUACACUAAGUAAGGAUUAUGAGGGCUACCCGGCCUUAGCAAUGCCAGAUUUUCAAGAGGAGGACACAGUAGUGAGGCUCAACAAAAUAAUGUCUGUUCCUGUAGUAUAUGACAAGAGGAGAGAUCUGGAUUAUAGAGAAGAAAGGGAAGAAUCCAAUUUGGCCUUUGUCUCUCAAGAUGAACAAGACAGUUCUUCCUUUACUAUAUUGUAUGAGGAACCCCUGCAAGAGGAGGAGAGGUAUACCCCUGCAGAAUUACGAGGAACACGGUCUCUCUCGUUUUCUGACCCCUCCUCCAGCAGCCUGCCUGGCCUGGCAUGCGAAAGGUCUGAGAGCAGAACCGACCUGGUCCACCAUUUUGAAAAAGAAGGCAAGCUGGCUGAGGCGUUUGAUGGAGACAAUUCAGAGAUGUUUUUAUCGGUGGAAGCCAAGAGGUACAAAAUCUAUCCCUUAGCCCUGAGUCCCAUUUAUGAGGAUGACAGUUCACAGGAGGACGUUCUCUCCAGUGAGGUCUCGCCUGGUCACCAUGGCUCCAACAAGUCAAGGGAGAGCGCAAACCAGCCCUCGUCUGUCCUAUCCCUCCUGCAGUCCGUAUCCGAGCGCUUGCAGAGAAACUUUGAUGGAGAUGACAGAGAGGCGGCUGAGGAAGAGGAGGAGGAAGCGGCAGCGGCGGCAGCUUCGGGGAAAGGUUUGAGAACUGAAAGGAAGGAGCGUGUUACCUUCCACUUGCCAGAUCCUUCCGUCCCCUUUUACCCUGACGAUGACCAGGAACGCGCUGGGAUUUCAAAGUCUUACAUCGAGUUCAGUGAACCGACGACCUCCAGUCUGCAGCACGGCCUGUGGCCAGAAAAGGCGUCAUUUCUCCAAAAAUCGGAUCUGACUUCUAAGUUGCACUCUUCUUUGAAGAGCGCCUAUCAUCAGUACUUGCAGACUUCCAGGACCCACUCCUCGGAAACAGGGACCAGAUUUGGUGGCAGCCUUCAGGAGCCGGUGUCCAAGUAUUUCCGCGUUCAGGACCACGCAGGCAGAUUGAGUCCAUAUAUGGAGAAAGUUGACAAACAAACUCUGAAGUGUAAUCCAAGGCCUGGAAAGAUGAUAAUUUAUGAUCUCCAUGGAAGUAAAUAUAAACAAGAGGUCUACUGUAACAUCCCUGAUGCUACAACAUGGUCUUUCCCGAAUGGGGCACUGAUAAAAGUUGUAAGGGGCUGCUGGAUUUUGUAUGAGAAGCCCCAUUACCAAGGUCAGAAGUGCGUGCUGGAAGAAGGGGAAAAGGUGUUGAACCGGGACUGGCUCCUUCAGAGCAGGAAGCACCCAGACAGAAACUUCGUCCUGGGCUCCAUCAAACGCGUCCUAAAGGACUGCAGUAUUCCGGAGAUCGAGCUGUGGCCCAAGUCUGACCCUGGGUGUGGCCCCGUCUACAUACACCGGUCUGUGCCCAAUCUGGAAGAGCUGAACAUCCCCAAGUCUACGUCCUUCGCCGUGAAGUCUGGAGUUUGGCUGGCCUACCCAGAUAUUAAUUUUAAGGGGCAAGCUACAAUUUUGGAGGAAGACCAGGGGCUCUUCGAGAUUUCUGCAGCAGAGAUGAAAUCACUGCAUCCUCUUCAAAUGGGUGGGCUGAAAGUGGAAAUGCCUAUGAACUUAAAGGUUAUCAUUUAUGAGAGACCUCACUUCCGUGGACAUACCAAAGAAUUUAGUGAACAUAUAGAUUCUGUCCCUAAGUUUCUAAAGAGUGAUAAGGACUUCCAUGGCAUUGGAUCAAUUCGUGUCAUUGGUGGAGUGUGGGUUGCCUACGAAAAGGAACAUUUCAAAGGCCAGCAGUUCCUAUUAGAAGAAGGAGACUUUGAAGACAGCAGCACCUGUGGGGCAUUAAGUGCACCCAUCAUGUCUUUCCGGUACCUACAAGCUAAUUUUAUAGAAUCUUCAAUCACACUGUUUGAAUCUGACCUAGAAAGUGGGAAGUUUAUUGACAUUACGAAUCAGGAAAUUUCUGACUUAGAAGAAAUCGGCUUUGGCAGCGAAACAAGAUCCAUUCACGUGAAGAGUGGCGUGUGGGUUGCCUACCACCAGAAGUUCUUCUGUGGAGAUCAGUACAUUUUAGAGAAAGGAAAAUAUAAAUGCUUUUUUGAUUGGGGAGGAUCAAGUAACACAAUCUUGUCAAUCCGACCAAUCCAACUGGAGCCACUUGGGAUAAAUGAGCCUCCACACUUGCUCAAAGCGUUCAGUAAAGCAGACUUCCAAGGAGAGUGUAUCGAUUUCAUAAAAGAAUGUGCUGACCUGACCUCGUUCACGCCGGCGUCCUUUAAGGUUCUCCGUGGCUGCUGGCUCCUGUAUUACCAAGAAGACGGUUUCUAUCAUCAGUGUGUACUAGAAGAGGGCCUCUACGUUGACCUCACUUCCUGCGGCUGCCCAGCAGCUAGAGUCAGAGCGCUCAAGCCCAUUGACUAUGUGUUUGAAGAACCUUCCAUCAGCCUUUUUGCUCUGGAACAUUGCGAGGGAAGAGAGCUACAUCUUGAAGAUGCUGUGAAUUCCGUUUUGAACAAGGACCUACAUUUCUAUACCCAGUCUGUGUGGAUAAAGAGUGGCUUGUGGAUAGCUUAUGAAGGUUCCAAUUUCUUGGGAAGGCAAAUCCUCCUUGUGCCUAACGAGAUCCCAAAUUGGACAGCAUUCAGUGGGUGGAAAACGAUCGGUUCCGUGCGCCCUAUGAAGCAGCCUGCAGUGUACAUCAGAAUAAGGAACCGAGCCCAGGAUGAAUAUUUAACAGUCACCGGGAACCCAGCAGAUGCACGGACGAUGUCUGUAUGCAUCUCUCCCUACAGUGGGAAGGACACUCAGAUCUGGCACUACUGCCGAGGACUCUUUAAAUCCAAGGCCAAUGAUACAUGUCUUGAUGUGAUUGGAGGCCGGGACACUCCUGGAGCCAAGGUAGCCUUGUGGACUGAACAUGGGCAGUUCAGGCAGAAGUGGAGGAUGAACAGAAAUGGAACCAUCAGCUCCUAUCUCAGUGAUGAGCUUGUCCUGGAUGUUAAAGGAGGAAACUAUUAUGACAAGACUCAUGUCAUUGUAAAUCAGCCCCUGGAGGGAGAAGAAACACAGAAAUGGGACAUUGAAAUCUUGUGAGGGAGUCACAGAAGCACCUCUACCCACUCAGGCCCUGUGUGCAAGGGAAGGAAGCUGCUGUGUUCACACCACUGCACUGCACACAGAAAGAACUUCCUCCCAAGUGGUGAAACUGCUGCUCCAUGGAAAAGCUAAAAUAUCCUCCCCGGUUAUGGAGUGUCCUUGUGAAGAAAACGUAAUUAUUUCUUUUCCUGAUGGAUCCGGUUAUAGUGACCACUCUCUUGAAACCUCUUUUCUCUCCUAAGCACUAACCAGGCAUUCUGUUCUCGAUGGCGCUAAAUUCUCUGGACAGUGCUGUUGUACGCAUUAGUUAGUAGGCUGUUGUCCUGUUCCUGAGGAAGAUGAGUCAUUUUUAGCACCACCUGAAGACUUAUUUUUAAAAAGCUUUCAUAUUAAGCUGCUGCUGUAUUAAAACCUUAGUUUCUAUAUAGAAACUUUGUAACUAAAACACCCAUAAGUAUUUAUAUUCUUUAAUUACCUGACCCGGAGGAGGGACCUUGGCUUCUUGAGGCAAAAGGCACUAACUAGUACUUUUUGUGGUGUGACCAAUCUUUACUGUUUUUCUAACUACAAAUGUAUGAACAUCUUUGGAGUGAGUGCCCAGCUGGCAGCCCAGUGUUCACUAACAUACCCUGGGGUGACAAGACUGAGUCCCUCAGUCUAACAGCUGAACAUCUCCCUGGAGUGAAGCACUACACACGAGUUCAGACAAAGCAAACAGGGCUUCUCCUUUGUCUGCCACCUGAACUUUGUCUAUUUGGUGACAGACAACGAAGUUUUACUCCAAUUUUAAACAAUUGCAGCUAAGCAAACGCAGGUAUAGAGGCACUACCAUCACCUGCAGUUAUAGGCCAGCAGCCUUCUCCCUCCUGAGAUGGACUUAAUUCAGACAGCCACUGCUUUCAGUCCCAAUUUUGGCCAGAAAGAAAAAAAAUACUUAUUUUUACAGAAAUUCUCCAGCAAUAUUUUUAAAACUACCAACUUGUAUGCACUUUAGAAUGUAAAAUAACAGUGGAUACUUAAGACUCAAAGAGCCGCCACCUACUUUGAUUAUUUUUUAUACACUUGGUUUUUCCAUGUAUAUAUACUGGCCUUUUUUUUUUUAAAUCUCUGGCUCUUCUGUCAUCUUCCAAGAAGCAUCCGAGAGCCCUGCACAGCCACAGAUGCCAGGUCCUGCUUAUGGGCGUGGCAGUAUUACAUGAAACAUGUUUAUUUUAAUGGAGAAGGGGUCAUGUAUGCUCAAAGAUAUGUAUAUUUUCAUUGUAAAAAAAAAACAACUUUAUUCAUGUUUUAAUUGUUAAAAAAUAUUUUGGAGCCAAGGAUGCUCUUUAAAGGCGUUAUUUCUUCCAAAGAACCAAGACAAGCCAGGUUAAUGACAUAAUUCUAUAUGACAUAUGUACUGGAGUUGUGCCUUUUCUACAACACUGGAUUAAAUAAACUUGUCCAAAGUA